AUGAGCGCAGAGCCUACGAAGAAGCGCAAACGCGCUACGAAAGCCUCGUCUUCCGAUGGCGACGAAGAAGGCAGGUCCCGCGGCAGGCCGAGAGUCGACAAGCAGGAUGAGUCCGCAGCAGACCGACGGCGAACGCAAAUUCGUAUGGCGCAGCGAGCGUACCGUCAGCGAAAAGAGAGCACGCUUGAAGACCUACGCAAGCGUGUAUCCGAGCUCACCAAUACUGCCGAACUCAUGAACAAGACAUUCGUCGAGCUUCGAGACCGACUCUCCACUCAAGCUGAUGUGAAUGACCAAAGAGCACUCUGGGACGUAGCUUCUAGGUAUGAAGAACUUAUGAAGAUAGUCCGAAACCCAUCCGAGGACGACUGUGACGAGAUCUUAGCUCGGCCGCCAGCUCUAUUCAACUCCGCUGUUGUCACCGAGACUGCGCUAGCAAGCAAGAUUGAUUUGAUGUCGACGAAUGUACCAUCUUGGCUCGAUCAGUCAGUCUUGAAGAAGCUCAAUGACACGAUUCCUACGACACAUCUUGGCCUUGGAUACACGAUGAGCUUUGGCAAAGAUGAGUCGUUGAUUCCGGCCUUGACUCCACCAUCGAACCUUGCGUACGAAGCAUUCGUUAGCUGUCCCCCAGUACCAACCAGCAUACCUCGUGAGUUACCUCCGAUCACGACUUAUAGCUUCCAGGAGACUACUCUUGGUCGUCGUUUACACCGAGCUGGUCUCGAAGCGGGUUACUAUAUGCUUCUUGGUAAAUCAAAGAGCGACCGUGACGUCGAAAAGGUGUUCCGCUUGUCACUGAUGGGUAGAGAUCGGGACAAGCUCAUGGCCUCGAUAAAGGCUAUCUUAGCUCGCGGAAUCAAUGAGUCCCUAGACUCUCCAUCAGUGCCACUGAUUCAUGUCGGUGGCGCGGGCACGCAUUAUCCUCGCCGCGAUCACCUUGGGAAUGUACAGCCACCGAAAAAGUCAUAUAAUCUUGGUGUGGUCGGACCCACUACGCUAGCAUUACUAGAUGCUGCAGCGAAGAAUAAUCUUGAGACCGACAUGACUGUCGAGAUCGAAGGCUACGAAGGCCAAUGGCUUGAUCCAUACGACGUCGAGGGCUAUCUGAGAGAAAAGGGCAUUGAAAUUGAUCCAUCUGCGUCCUUCGCCGAGGCUGUAAUCACAGAUGAUACAAGCAGCCCGCACAGAAACUCAACCCGCGCAUCAACAUCUCCACUGAACGACCAAACAAAUGACCUUUCAGCUGUAAUGGAGUUGGGACAGGCCGCCGGUACUCUACCGAGCACUCGUGGUGCUGAUGCGGAUACUUGGGACAUCCUUGCCAACACGAGCUUCACUGGCGUAGGCUACAGUGACGCGAUCACUGGAGACUGGAUGAACUUCUUAGAGCCCGGUCAAGGUAUCAACUGGUUGAGCAACCCUAAAAGCGAUCUACAACUAGCAUCUGGCACCGGACAGGCUACUAACAUCUUCACGUCCAUGAAUGGCGUUACUGGUACUUCCUUCAAUGUUCCCACCCCUCCGGACAGUUACGGGCCUCUUGCGAAGCGGUCAGUCAUCAUUGAUGUCACAAAGUUCGUGAAAGUACUCGUGCUCGGCGCUGGCGAACUCGGAAUUGCAGUCCUGCAAAGCCUGGUCGCACAUCCCAGCUCCCACGCUGCUAGAGUUGCUGUACUGAAGCGUUCAGCAGGAUCGAUUGAGGGUGUAGAAUUAAGAGAGAUUGAAGUCGUGAAGGGUGACGUAAACGAUCUCUCUGAAGCAGAGCUGGCAGGCAUCCUAGGCCGCUACCACACUGUGAUUAGCUGUAACGGCAUGACAUUACCACCCGAAACCCAGACGAAGCUGGCAAGGGCUGCGAUUGCUGGCGGCGUUGCACGAUACUUUCCUUGGCAGUUUGGCUUAGAUUACGACAAGAUAGGGCGGGAAAGCUCUCAGGAUUUAUUCGAUGCGCAGCUUGACGUUCGAGAUAUCCUUCGGGCCCAGUCGAGCAUGCAGUGGGUGAUCGUUUCGACGGGCAUAUUCACCUCCUUCCUAUUCGAGCCGGCAUUUGGUGUAGUCAAUGCCAGAGAACAUACUGUUACAGCUCUUGGCAGCUGGAACAACGAGCUCACCGUUACUAGUCCAAAGGACAUCGGUCUCGUAGUUGCUGAGGUGGUACUCGCAGCUCCUGAGGUCGACGGCAUAAUCUACACCGCGGGCGACACGAUCAGCAUGGGGCGCCUUGCAGAUGUUGUUGAGAAUGUGUUAGGCACCCGAGUGCGACGGAAGCUUGCAACGGCGAAAGAGCUGGAGGCAGAGCUGAAAGCUGACCCAAGCGACGGCAUGAAGAAGUAUCGGGCCGUGUUCGCUGCAUGUGUCGGCGUUAGUUGGGACAAAGCCACCAGCUUCAACGGGCAACGCAAUAUAGUGGUCGAGACCGCGGAGGAGUGGGCACAAGCUCAUCUUUCUCAGAUGACUUAG